UUUAAAUAUGAACAAUCUGAGAGAAGAAGAUAAUUCUUAUCAAAGUGAUCAGGACAGCCUGAAUUCAAGUGACAAGGAAGGACCUAUCUCUGAUACGAAGAAUCGCAUGAUAAAAGAAGAGGAAGGACAGCCAGAACCAGAGAACACCACAAUAUGUGUGAGAGUUAAGACAAUGGAUGAACAAGAGAAGAGAUUUCAAAUGAGCCUUGAAGAUAAAAUAUCAGACCUUAAGACGAAGAUUUUAGAUGAUUUGGAGAUUCCUAUUGAACGUCAAAGACUCAUAUACAUGGGCAAGCAACUAAAAGAUAAUCUAACCCUUCUUGAAUGCAAACUAAAAGAUGACUCAUGCAUUUUAUUAGUUGCAAAUAGAGCUCAGAAUAGGAAUGAGCCCCCAAGAAGAGCUCCAGAGAAUCAAGAACAAUCUUCUCAAAAUGAUGGAGAAUUUGGUGCCUUCCUACUUAAUGCUCUAAAUGAAUCUGCGCAAAUGAGGAGGAAUAGAAGAUUAUUGUUUCAACAAAAUGCUAGUUCUUUCUUGAGAAAUAUCAGACUUAAUAUUAAUGAAAGCAGGGAGGCAAUCACACAAAAUAUUGCAUCCACUCAAUUGCUUCUAGAUACUAGAACUGAAGUAGAAGAGCUUAAAACUCUCCAGCCAGAUGUAUCUAACUCAAUGAAUUGCUUUGACUUUGAGAAGAGACAUCUCAAAGUAGGUCAAUGGGUAGAUGUCAAAGAUACAAUAAAUCAAUGGCUUGAAGCUCAAGUAGUAGAGAUUAGAGAUAAUAGAGCAUAUGUUCAUUAUAACGGAUGGGGGACCCGAUGGGAUGAGUGGAUCCAGAUUGACUCCCCUAGGAUAGCUCUCUUCAGGACUCACACAAUCCAAGCUGCAACUAGUCAAUAUUUGAGUCCAUGACCAAACAAUCCUCCCGAUUCGGCUGAAAACGUAUCUCUCCGUACUGAAAAUGAUACAAAUCUGGAUAACUUAGAAAAAGUUAUCGAAUUGUCAUCAAAGUCGCUUUCUUUGAUGAAAAAGCUGAAAAGCUUAAAGAAAAAGUACAAUAAAAGAGUCAAGUUACAAAAAGAGAAGAAGUAUCAAGCCACUUCAAAAGCUCUUGAGAAAAUUCAUGAAGAAAAAAUGAAAGAAGAAAUUGACAAAGAAGAUGAAGAGUUUGAACGAAUGAAUUUCAAAGAAAUGGCUACAGAAAACUCUCUGCUAAACCAACAGAUAAUGAUAUUAUCUGGCCAAUUAGCACCUAUUAUGGAUAGGGUUGGCCGAAUGUACACUGAUUUCUCUCCUCAUUUACUUCACAGUGUAAAUAACUACAACGGAAACAUCAACAGCAGUAACGUCAACAACAGAGAUAGGAACACUCACGAGAAUGCUGAAAGAAGCAGAACCCAUCACCCAAGAAGAAGAGAAAGACUUAGAAGUGAAGAUAGCGAAGAAAGCUCUGAUGAUGACUUCUCUAGAAGAGACAGUGAUGAAUCUGACAAUGAGGAUAGAGACAAUACCCAACAAGAAGGACAACAGAGAGAUAGAAGAGAAGAUAGUCAUGAAAUCAGAAAUAGAUUAAGGUCUAUUUCAAGCACAAUCAGUAGGAUUAGAUCUUCUAUCAGCUCAAUGAGAUCUUUAAUAUUUAAUAAUGUUGAAGAAGACAAUGAAUCUAAUAAUAAUGAAUCCAGAAAUGAAGAAAGAGAAGAAAGAAAUGUUGCUGUGAACGCACAAAUCCCAGUGAUUUCUUCACCAGGAGACAUUGCAUCAGUACAUAGUAGACUUAAUAGAUUUAUUAAUGGAUUGACAAUUGAUCAAGGAUCACUUGAUAGAAUGCUAGAUAGACAAGCAAUGAAUGGAAUGGAAACAGAAGGAUUUAUUAGUAGCUUAGCAAAUAGAAAUAAUCCAGGGCAGAAUUCAAACGGAUCAAGAAACCCAAGAGAUGAUUCAGGAAAUAAUCCAACAGAGAAUCGUCAAGAGAAUCCUUCCCAAAAUAAUGGAGAAAGAAUUAAUAGAGAAGGGCAAAGAAGGAAUCAGAAUACUGAAAUAAAUCAUGACCACAAUCAUAUUCAUGACCACCAUCAUCACACUUCUCCAAAUCUAUUUGAUCUCCUAGGCCCAGCCGGAAACGGCAGAGGUGGCCUUGGAAUAUUAGGAAAUAAUUUAGGAGGACUUGGUGAUGCUUCUGAUACAAUUGAGUUUCAUAUACAUGCCUUUAUGCCAAAUUCUAAUGGACCAAGUCCUCUGGCUCCUAGACAACCAGAUGUUCCUCUCCCACGCCCAGAGAAUCACCUUCCUCCUUUUGCUCCUCAGAUACCUCCUUUGCAGGCUCAAAUGCCACCUCCAGAACUGCAAGCUCCACCAAUAGGUGAGCCUCAAAGACCUGAACUAGUUGAUGCAUCUACUUCUGCAGAUCCUCCUCAAAUGAGAUCCACAUCUGUUCAGACUGAAGGAAUCAGGAUAAGAAGAGAUAGGAGAGAAAGAAACAGAGAAAAUGGAACUACCUUCAAUAAAAAUCCUUUCAGCCGUUAAUUCCAAUUAUUAAUAAAUUUCCAUAGUGAUUUUUAAUUUG